CUCUUCGACAUUCACGAACCUCAAAACUUCAUGUUCUACCCCCCAAGCACAAGGAGCUAUUCGAAGACGAAUCUGAGGGUUACAAGUUCAUAUUGUCCGGCCCGGUGGCACGUCCUGAAGACUUGAAGCUUGCAGUGCCCGCACAUUGGGCAUGAUACAAAAGUGAGAGACACCGGUCUGCUCACCGCGAUGUGGAUUCUACAGUAAGCACAUGGGACUGACCAAGCCAUGGCAUCUGCGCGAGAGGAAGUCCGCCGCCUGCCAAGUGAGUCCAUGGUCACCAUGUUCACCAUUCAGAUGAAGUUUCUGAAUGGCACAGCCACGCUAAGACAGUCUCCACAUCUCUUGGGAGACGACCAAACGAGGCAUUGCGGAUACGAAGCUGCUCAAGACGGGCUGCACGCCCUACUUCCAAGCAAAAAUCACCUGAGUGGUAUGCGGACUCCACAACAUCCCGCGGCUUGUCACCUUCCACUGGAGGCGGAUUUGCACAUCGGGAUUCUACGGCUCCUCCAUUCCGCAUUGUCCCCAUAGACAUGAUCGAUAUGUGGUGUCUAGCGUCUUAGGACUUCAUAUGUAAGACUGGUCGCCCAGCCCGCGAAUCCGAUUAUUCUGCAACUCUGUGCUCUUGCCAGCCUUUUUGAGUACAAUGUCAAGAGAUGGCCAAGGUUCCUGAUCUCAUUUGCCACCUUUUCUCACUUCAAUGACCUAUCGGCGAAGCAUUGCUGGUGGAGAGCGCAAUACGGGAUACUCUUGGACAUGCCCCGGGUGAGAAUGUAACCAUCACGUUGAGUAUGGGUCUUUGGUCGCACAUCUCCGCAAACCGUCUCCGUGGGGAAUGGGGAAAGUCGUAUCAAGUUGAGUGGGUAAGUGAGUCUGGAGAGCGCAGUAUAACUGUCUCCGCCGCGAGCAGAGCGUGCUUGAGUCUCCUCAGCACCCGGUCGUUCUCUUUUCCCUCUUUUCAUCAGCACAGUCGCGAGAGAACUCAGUAUGUCAGGAGGAACCAACGAGAAGACUGAUGCUCAAUCGCCGGAGAGCAGAAGAGGCUCAGCCGUCAAUCGUGCAUCAGCUAAUCCUUCUCGACGUGCUUCGGUCAUUGAUGCCAUCAUCAAUAAGGACAAGAAAGAAAAUGGUGUCACGAUCGAGCUGGAGAAUGUGCCAAAAUACCUCUCUGCUGAUGAGCUGCCCAGUCCAGAGGAAAUCAUCGACCGACUGGGCAUCGCCGACUGGAGAACUCUGGAGAAGAAACUCGUCCGUCGGCUUGACUGCACACUCGUGCCUAUUCUCUGGAUCCUAUAUGUCACCAAUUACCUCGAUCGAGCAUCUCUCGGCCAAGCACGCCUGAGCACUCUGGAUCAGGACCUCAAUCUCACAGGCUACCAAUUCGGAAACGCAGUUUCGAUUCUCAGCGCUGGAUAUGUACUCGGUCAGCUGCCGUCCAACAUGAUCAUCCCGUACGUUCGGCCCAGUCUGUACCUUGGAUGCUGUGCAUUUAUCUGGUCUGGUGUCGCGGCCGCUGUUGCUGGAGUCAGAAGCUACGAGGGACUUCUUGCAGUGCGCUUCUGUUUGGGUUUAGUCGAGGCGCCGCUCUUUCCAGGAGCCAUCUACUUGUUGUCUUGCUGGUACACUCGCCGCGAACUUGGUGUCCGCAUUGCAAUCAUGGCUACCGGGACGCCGAUUGCCAAUGGUUUGUCCGGGCUUAUCGCUGCAGCUGUGUUUUCUUCUCUUGAAGGCAAACAUGGCGUUGCUGGCUGGCAAUGGCUGUUCAUCGUCCUCGCAAUUUGUGGCGGUGUCUUCGGCGUCGUAGCUUGCCUCGUGCUGCCAGACUAUCCAGCUUCACGAACCGGCAGCACGAUGUGGACCAUGACAGAGGACAUGCGACGUAUCGCGGAGACCCGAAUCAUCGCCGACAGAGUCACACUGGCUUCCUCAGUCGAAAUCAAGACCAGUAUCUGGGGCGGUGUCAAGCUAUCCCUCAUGGAUUACAAACUCUGGAUCAUCAUCUUCAUCAACAUCACCAUCUCGGCUGCUUAUGGCUUCUCCAACUUCUACCCUGCCAUCGUCCGCGGUUUCGGGUACUCGCGCGUGGUCACCCUGGUCAUCACCUUCCCGCCGUACUUCCUUGCAGCUUUUGCCGCUGUGUGCAUUUCAUGGCACUCGGACAGAAAGCAAGACCGUGGCUGGCAUUUCGCAACUCCUGUUGCCUGUGCAAUGGUCGGCUAUAUUGUGUGUAUGGCCACUACGCAUAACAUCACUCGCUACGCCAUGUCUUUCAUUUACGUCGUCGGCCUCUUCGGCGCGAAUCCUCUCAUUCAGACUUGGAUUUCUGGCACUCUGUCGAAGAGCCCAGAGCAGAAGAGUACUUCCAUCGCUAUCAACAAUAUUCUUGGUCAAGCAGGCAAUGUCAUGGCCCCGUACUUCUUUAUCCAAUCUGACGAGCCUCGCUACAUCAUGGCUUUCAUUCUGAUGUUCACCAUGGCGGGGCUCUGUGUUUGCGGCGCAAUGCUUCUGAAAUGGUGUCUGUGGCGUACGAAUAAGAGACUGCUAGCGUAUGCUUUGCAGCAUGGCACGCCGUACAAUCCUUACCUUCAGUGAGCGGGAUGUAUCGCGAGCGAGGAGUGGAAAUCGCAGGUGUAACUAUAGCUAUCAACACUUUCAUUAUCGACGAGAAGACGUUCGCUACGAGGACAGAAUCACUUCUUUCUGCCUCUUCACGAUAAAACUAUUCCCGGCGCGCAAGACUUCAUUUUCUGUUUACCUUCUGAAUCAUUGAAAUAUGAUAAGGUUUUGCAAUGUCGUUGUUUGCUACAUACAGAGAUAUUACACUACGUAUAUAACGGCGGUGGUCUAGAUAGGGCGCUCCGCUUGAUCCUUACGGCGUCUGUGACUUCAUGAAGGAAUGGUGCCGCAUUUUUCUUCACAACUGAAAGCGAGUGCCACAAUCGAAUACUUCGAUAUCUCUUCCAAGCCGUUCCGGCACAGUGCACAUCUGUGAGUGAUUUCCGGAGAUUCAUCGAUGACGAGCUUAUAUAGUGACUCUUCG